CCGAAGGAGAUUCACGAGAUUAAGGAUUUCCUUCUCACAGCGAGAAGGAAGGAUGCACGUUCUGUGAAAAUUAAGAGGAGCAAGGAUGUUGUCAAGUUCAAGGUUCGAUGUUCCAAGUAUCUGUACACACUCUGUGUGUUCGACUCCGAGAAAGCGGAUAAGUUGAAGCAAUCUCUUCCCCCAGGUUUGAGUGUCCAAGAUGUUUGAAGAUGAAGCCAUAAUAGCUUGCGAGCUAUAGCGUAAUGUGUUACGCAUGUCUAUGUUGAACAAUGAGA